AUGUCGAAAUGGAGCAAGAAAAACCGCGCACCUGCAGGCUUCGAGUACAUUCAGCCAGUAAUGGAUGCACUGGAGAGAGAACUUCGAGAAAAGAUGAAUGAACCACAUGAGGGAAAACGACAGUGUGAAGCGCUAUGGCCAGUGCAUCAGAUAAAUUGGCAACGCAGUCGUUAUGUGUACGAUAUGUUUUACAAGUAUCACAGGAUCUCCCGAGAGGUGUACGACUACUGUGUACGUUGUAAAUUAGUUGACGCGAAUUUGAUUGCAAAAUGGAAGAAACCGGGCUAUGAGCGACUGUGUAGUACGUUUGCUAUCAAUACAAAGAACUACAAUUAUGGAACAGUCAGUAUUUGUCGCGUUCCAAGACAACAGCUCUCGGAAGGACAGAUGGUCCAGGAAAAACACAGUGGCUGUAGAGGUUGUGCGUCUGGAUCUGGAGGAUAUCAUAAUAUCUUUGGCAACAAGUAUGGACAGUAUUUGGCCAGGAUUCAGAUUGCUAGGGAGGAGAAGAAGGAGACGGAAAAACAAGUCUGGGCGACGAAGGAAGAGGAGGAGGAGUGUGAAGAAGAAGAAGAAGAGAGUGGAAAGGAAAAGAAGAGACAAAGAGGAGAAUCUAGUGAAAGCGAUUCGAGUGAAGAGAGUGAAGGCGGUUUGAUUGGAGAGAGUGAAAGUGAUGACGAAGAGACGAAAGAGUCGGAAGCACUGUCCAAGAAGCACAAAGCCGAUAAGUAA